GGCAGUCAAUAUGGCUUCCCAGUUCAGCGGUGUCCUGCAGCUGACAGAUCUCGAUGAUUUUAUCACCCCUUCUCAGGAAUGUAUCAAACCUGUCAAAGUAGAGAAGAAACGGGGCGCAUCGGUGGCCAAAAUCCAGAUAGAAGAUGAUGGUAGUUAUUUUCAAGUCAACCAGGAUGGUGGGAAGCAGAAGCUGGAGAAAGCAAAGAUCACACUGAAUGAUUGCCUGGCCUGCAGUGGUUGUAUAACCUCAGCUGAGAGCGUCCUCAUCACGCAGCAGAGCCAUGAGGAGCUCUUCAAAGUGCUCCGUGAGAACAAGGCCAAAGAGACAGAGCAGAUGUUGGUGGUGGUGUCAUUGUCACCGCAGUCCAGAGCCUCUAUCGCAGCACGCUACGGCCUCAGCAGCAGCGAGGCUGGAAGGAGGCUUACCUCUUUUUUCAAAGGUCUUGGGGUUCACCAUGUGUUUGACACAAGCUAUAGUCGGACAUUCAGCCUGUUGGAGAGCCAGCGAGAGUUUGUAGAGCGAUUCCAGAGGAAAGAGCAGGACAAAAAAUCCCUGCCCAUGCUGACGUCUGCCUGUCCAGGUUGGAUUUGCUAUGCAGAGAAGACUCAUGGAGAGUUUAUUCUGCCGUACAUUAGCACCACUCGCUCCCCUCAGCAGAUGAUGGGUUCUCUGGUUAAAGGUUAUUUUGCUGAACAACAGGGACUGACUCCACAGCAGAUCUACCAUGUGGCAGUAAUGCCCUGCCCUGACAAGAAACUUGAGGCCUCAAGGCCAGACUUCUACCUAAACAAACCUGAGACCAGAGAAGUGGACUGUGUCCUCACCUCCGGAGAGGUUCUGAAAAUGCUGGAGGAGGAAAAAGUGUCUCUUAGUGAUGUGCAGCCUGCACCCCUAGAUACAAUGUUCAGCAAUGUGAACGGGGAUGAGUUCCUGAGUCAUGCUGGGAGUGCUUCAGGGGGUUACCUCCAUCAUGUUUUCACCAAUGCUGCCAAACAGCUGCUUGGAGAGGAGGUAAAGGAACUCACCUACAAGACCCUCAGGAAUAAAGACUUCCAGGAGGUGACUCUGGAGAAAGAUGGUGUAGUCGUGUUGUGCUUUGCCUCCACAUACGGCUUCCGUAACAUCCAGAACCUGGUGCAGAAACUAAAGAGGGGGAAGUCACCUUAUCACUUUGUGGAAGUUAUGGCUUGUCCCUCAGGUUGUCUAAAUGGUGGUGGGCAGAUAAAGGCCUUACCUGGUGAGAACCAAAAGGAGCUUCUUCAGAAAGUUGAGGAGCUCUACAAAGCAGAUCUCCCCCAAGCACCAGAAGAUGACACACGUGUGGCCGAGCUGUACCAGUCCUGGCUGCACAGUGUAGGCGAGGAGAGAGCCAGAGAGCUGCUGCACACGCAGUACCACGCGGUGGAGAAGAUGACCAACGGACUCGGUAUGAAGUGGUGAUGUUUUAGACAGCAUCGUUUUGCAGAGUUUUAUUUUGCAAGGUUUCUUUUUUAAGCAUACACUGACUACAGAACCGUCCAAAUAAAUGUCACUUUUUCUGUAUCUCUUCAGAGAUAAAAAUGAUGUAAGCAAAGACAAAUAUAAGGUUUGAUGUAGUCCAACAUCUCUUUACUCUUGACUAUCUGCUUGUCCAGAUGCUGUUUACCUCAGUAUUUUAAUUACUAGGUUAUAGAUAAUACGCACACAAUUCUGAUGCCAAACCAAAUUACAUGUAUGGCCUGAUCAUUUCUCUUACCACUGCUAAUUGUCCACUCAAAUGUAAAAAAAAUAAUUCAUUUGUGUGGCACCUGUUACACUUUGAAAAUGUGAGUUGAAAUAAUAUCAAAUUGUUAUCAUUCCUUGUUUAUUUAACCUAAUGAUUAAAUAUAUUUUUUGAAAAAUUAAAAACAUUAUUUAAUUGUA